UCUCGCAUUCCGGUUCACUCGUUGUCAGCGUGCGCGCGAUAUAACAUCCAUAUAGAGUGGUCACGCUAUCAUCUCGCGAGUAUCAUUCCGAUGCAGUGCAGUUAAUUCCAUUAAUUUUCACUUAAACAACACAAGAACAAUUCCAUUAAUAAUAUUGUCGAGUGGACAAAAUGUAAAUAAAUGAAAAUGUUUCGGUUGCAUUUAAAAUGUAAUACAUGACUUUCGAUAUAGUGCGAUUACAUGCGACUUAUGCCAUGGAGUUUUUCAAUUUUAUGGUGAUCUGCUUAGUUCUCUGCUCUGCAAUCACGCAGUCGACCUCAAAUCACGAAGAUGGAGGAUUGCCAAGCAACUCUACGUUCCUAACAAGUUUUUGCCCUAGAGAUGAACAAGCCACAUUAUUGGGACGAACUUGUCAAAAACUAUGUAUAUCAGAUAAAGACUGUAAAGAUAAAACUAAGUGCCUUUGCGACGGAGAAUGCGGAAUGUCUUGUGUGGAUCCAGAGCUCGAAUGUCCGGUGCCGGACGGGAUCCCCAACGGAACGAUAAAUUCGACCGGCCGGACAUUCGCAUCGACGUCGUCAUACUCCUGUUCCACCGGUUAUCAACUCGUAGGUCCGGCCAAAAGAACUUGUCAGGCGGACGGAAAAUGGAGCGGCGAAACACCUACGUGUCUAUCGUCAUCUAAUGAAACUGAAAUAUUCGUUCGACUCAUCCGAUCUGCAGAUGGCACUACAACACCAACACCUGACGACGACGACGACGACUGGGAGGAAGAGGACUCCUCUGAAAUUGACGACGAUGGAAGGAUAUACAAGAACCCCAGAAACUCACCGUCAACUCUGUGCCCCAGGGACGAGGAGCAGGCAACCUUACUGGGCCAGAAAUGCUUGAGAAAAUGUUCGUCCGAUGAAGAUUGCAAAAGCAAAAAGAAGAAAUGUCUCUGCGACGGCGCCUGCGGCAUGUCCUGCAUCAAACCAGACCGCGAGUGUCCGGAACCGGAGGAGAUUGCCUUUGGCAGCGUGUCCGUCAGCGGACGUUUGUUCGGCGCCCGGGCCACAUACUCCUGCCAGCACGGCUACCACGUCGUGGGCCUGCAGAGCCGCACCUGCCAGGGGGACGGUAAAUGGGCGGGCACGGCCCCCGCGUGCAAGCAGAAUAUUUAUUGCUUGAGCCCGCCAACAAUAGACCAUGCCAGGCACAACGCCCUCCCGGAACAGACAACAUUCGAUUUGGAUACAACGCUCCAAUACUAUUGUCACAACGGUUACGUGACAAAUGGCUUCCCGAGGGCCAAGUGUCUGGCGAUCGACGGACAGGCUUCCUGGUACGGUCCGGAUAUGUCCUGUGAACCACGGUCCUGCGGCGCCCCGACGGACAUCUCUCACGGAUGGCACGCCGGCGAGUGUUACACGUUCGGAUGCCGCAUCACUUAUCACUGUGCCGAAGGCUACGAGCUGGUCGGCAGGAACGAACGCUUCUGCCAGUCCGACGGCACUUGGACGCCGAAGGAAUUGCCCACGUGUGUCCUGGUGACGGCUGUUCAGUGUGCCCCGCCGGAAAAUCCCAGACACGGCAAAGCCGUCUACACAUCCUGCAGUUACAAUUCCGUGGUCAGCUACGAAUGUAAGUAUGGUUACACGCUGGUCGGAGAGAGUACUCGAAGAUGUGGUGCUGACAGGAAAUGGACCGGCAACCAGCCCAUGUGUAAAGAAAUUAACUGUGGACAUCCUGGGCGGCUCUGGAAUGGCUGGUUGGAAAAUAUUGAAGGCGGUACCGGUUUGGGUGCUUCCAUAAUAUUUAGGUGUCAUGAUGGUAUGUUGCUUGAAGGUAACACGUCGUCUGUGUGCCAGAUCGAUGGGAAAUGGAGGUAUCCUUUGCCAAGAUGUUUAGCCCCUUGUGUGGUACCACACGUUACCCAAGGAAGAGUUCUGCUGUUAUCCAGAAACGACACAGCCACCACAUCAACGGUUGUCCAACACGGCGAAGCGUUAGCAGUUGAUUGUGAUCCACAGUACGAGUUUUUAGCUAGUGUGUCAGAAGUGACUUGUAACAAUGGAACUUGGACGGAAAUUCCUAAAUGCGAUCCGGCUAGAUGCAAGAAUCUUCCGAAAUCUCCAAAAUAUGGAAUGGUGAUGGCUCCCAAGAUGGAACAUGGAAUGAGGGCAAGAUUCAAAUGCAAAGAUGGUUACGUCCUUCGUGGGAAUCCGCUUGUUAAGUGUGACUUUGGAAAUUGGACGGGAGAGGUUCCAAAAUGUGAAGAAGUUUAUUGUCCAUAUCCGGGAAAUGUACAGAACGGGAAGAUAUUACUAGUAGGAAAUAUGGGACUGUACGAUUAUCGUCCUUAUGUGAGAAAAGUUAUCAACAAUAAGCAGAUUAUGUACGACUGUGACAAAGGCUACGUUCUAUCUGAAGGUCCACCAGGUGCCACUUGUAUUGGUGGUAAAUGGAGUCCCAGCCAAUUGCCAACUUGCCUUUUGGGUCAACAUCCAAGAUUAAGAUGGAACCGAAGACGCAGAUCCAUAGUGAUGGAGAAGUACAAGCGUGCUUACAUCCGCCACCACAAAUUGAUUCUGAACCAGCGCGAAAAACGAUACAUCCACAACUACCUGAGCGAACUCAACUCGAUAUUCGAUGCGAAAAUCGUCCGCAAAUAUCUGCGUAGGAAAACCCUGGCGGAGCGCAUAACCGAAGCCAUGAGGUUGGCGGAGUCGCGACGCAAAAAGCGGGCACUCAAAGGUGGUAGUAGCAGUCGUACCUUCAGUACCACCCACAAGAGCUCCAACUCCCAAUUGAGUCUGCGCAGGAACAACAAGAAAAUGAAGAACAACAUCGACGACAACAGCGAGGACGAGUUCGCGGUGUCCAAGCCUUCGAACAAACACAAGAACAAAGGUCCGUGCGAGGCGCUUUCGAGCGAGCCGUACGUUAAUGUGGAGGUGGUGAAGCACGGCAAGGAUCCCAACGUGUCGUACAGCUCCGGUACGGUGGUGAAAAUGGCGUGUGGAUUGGGAUAUGGUCUCAACAUGCCCGAAAAUAAGACGGCCAAGUGCAUGAGGGGCAAAUGGAAGCCUGUUAAACCUAUGUGUUUGAUAUUACCUUGUUUUGUACCGCUUACACCGAACGGGAUUUAUAAACUAUCGAAAAGCAAUUUACCGGAAAACUACACUCUCGAUCCGGACGCACCGCUAAACGAGACAAUAAAAAUCGAGAACGGUCAGGUGGUAGAGUUUAGUUGCGAGGAGGGCUAUAACGUGCAAGGUCCCAGCAAUUUACGUUGUUGGCAUGGUGACUGGACGGUCACCAGUUUACCAGAGUGCACGCCAGCUCCUUGUCAACUUCCAAAGAUUCCCAAUGGACAGUACAUGUCUGGAUACCGUCACGGAUUGACCAUAGCGAACGGAUCCAGCGUGACAUUUCAAUGCGACAACGAUUACAGUACGAGUGCGGCGCAGCCGAUCCAGUGUCUGCUGGGUCAGCUGUACCCGAAGGAGCCCAACUGUAAAUCGGAAGAUGGAGGCGAAGGAAUUCUCGAAAAUAAAGUGGUUCAAACACCUGAAUAUUUAGGCGGUAGCGAUAUCGUUAAAGGAGGUGACAUUACCGUUGUAGAUUACGGCAUUCUCUCGGGGAAAUAUUGCGGACCACCUGCAAAAGUACGGGGGUCUAUAAUAUACAAAAACGGCGAACCUCUUGUGGACGAUGAAAAUAACUUCCCCGAUGGUACCGAAGUAACUUUCAAUUGCAUUGAAAGUAUAAUGGGUGAGAAGACCACUUGGAAAAUUAUUUGCGAAGACGGCAGUUGGAUCGGCAGAUCUUUUAAUUGCGAUGAAGACGAUUUAUUGGGAUCCCAAAACAUAAAUAACAACACUUGUAUUUUUCGAAAUCAAGAGCCAAACGUCAUUUCGUUUUAUAAUGAUCAACAAAUCCGGGAAGAAGUUGUCGAAUUUCCAGCUGGCGCAGUUUUAAUCAGUCGUUGUGUUGACAUUGGAAAAUAUGCAAUGAUUGGUCCAAAUAAACGCAAAUGUUUGGGCGGAGAAUGGGACGGCACCAAACCGGCGUGCUUCGGUUUAAAUCAAGAAAACGACUACUCAAUGGAGAAGCCACCCACAAUUCUUUUCAGACAUCAGCUUGGACCUAUAGCACAGUCCAAUGACGGCAAGUUAAUAGUCUAUCCCGGCACAAUUCUUCACAUGGAGUGUUUAUGGAUACGAAGAUUUGGGAAUCCCAAAUGGACAGUUAGUCAUGACUACAGGAAAUAUCCCGAGGGAUGGUCUACCGAUCCUGGUCGCGAUUCACAACUGGAAUAUAGACUCUCCAUAUUUCACGCGACAAAGGACGAUUCCGGUUUGUUCACUUGCGUAACUCCGGCCAGAUACACGCAUUCAGUGGAAAUCGUGGUGAAAGCCGUACAUUGUCCGGCGGUUCAAAAACGGCGCGGCUUGAGUAUCAGUUCGCAGAAGACCAAGAUGAACACUCGUAUUCAUUUCUCUUGCACGAACGGAAACGCUCUGAUAGGCGCGCCAGAGAUCACCUGCCUUCCUUCCGGUAACUGGAGCUCACCGUUUCCCAUCUGCGAAAGUAUUGAAUGCGGUGAAGUAGGUCCAGGUUUGGGGCCCCAUUUAAAAGUGUUAAUCGUCUCCAGAGAGGUAGGUGGCAGGGCUGUAUUCAGCUGCGAUUCGGGAUACGGAUUAAGGGGCCCCCAAGAAACUGUGUGUCAGCCCAACGGAGACUGGGCCUCGCCCUAUCCUACAUGCAAAGAGGUGACUUGCGAUCCUCCGGCACCACCGGAGAACGGCUACGUCCAAGGCACGGGCCCGUACAAGGCGGGAGACGUGAUCCAAUUCAACUGCAAUCCCGAUUUUAUGAUGGAGGGACAGCCAAUUAUCGCCUGUCAGGAGAACGGAAGGUGGUCCGGGAAAUUGCCCAAAUGUCAACAGGCGUGUUCCUAUCCUGGUACCACUAUAAGUGGCAGGAUGUCUUCGGUCAAGUUCUACUACAAAAUCGGUGAAAACAUAACGUUCACCUGCGACGAUGGGAUGCAGUUGAAGGGAGCUGCCAUGUUGAAAUGUCUUAGAAGUGGAAAAUGGUCCAACGCGAUUCCGACAUGCAUACCAGAUAACAGUCAGAGACGAUAAAGGAUUUCAUCUCUCAAAAUAAUUACGAAAUUAGUCAAUGAUAUUUCAUGUCGUUUUAAAUGAUUAAAAUUUGUCAUUAAUGGAUUUAAGUAUAGUAAAAUAAUGACUCAUAUAUGUUUGUGACAGGUUUUAUCAGUUACCUAAUUUUUUGAUUAAUAGUUAUUCAUUUUCUGAUUAAAAUAUUUUUUAUAAUUUUCUGAUAAGCAGUUAAUUGAAAGGUAAACAGUUUUAUACGUGUAGAUAUAUUUUAUUUAUUACAUACUAACAAAGUUGAAGCGGUAUAAAAGUAAGCGUGCUUGAGACUUAUUUUUAAAAACAAAAGUUGAAAAUAAUUUUUAUUUUAUUAAUAUUCAAAUGAUCUGUGAUUUUUUAAAUAAAAUCUAAAAUUCCUAGCAUCAAACUAGCAAAGGAUGCACCUCUUCGUUUCUGACUGUCUCAUUUAUGAAUAUGAAAUUAUAACUUUGUUGAAUAUUUGUGGAUUUAAUAUUUUUGUGUUCAGUUAAAGAUUUAUUGAUAGUUAAAAUUGUAUUACUUAUAGUUAUAAUGUACAGAGGAUCACUCCGUUGAUUUGAUGCAACACUUCUAAUUACUGUAUAAUUAUUCUAAUAAUUAUUUGUAUAUAAAAGUUUUAUUUAAAUAUUUUUUAUAUCAACUGAUUCAUAAGUUAUGUUAAUUGCAAAUUCAUUGACAUUUCAUUAAAUUAGUAAUAGUAAAACCUAAGUAACUUAGAACUAGAUUUCAACUAAACAUUAGCACACGCACAAUAUCUGUGUGAUACAUAUCUUUAAAACAAAAUUUUUAUAGAAAUUUGUACUAGUCCAUUAUAUCAUUGCUAUAUAUUAGUGUCUAAAUCGUGGAUUCGCUUGAUUUAAAAAAUUGUCGAAUAUAUAUGAUAGUAUCAAACUAGGUCUAGUGUCGACAUAUUUUAGGUAAUAUUUAAGUCACUUUAUUUAAUAGGCUCUUGUAAUCUACCUGUGUAUCACAGUUUUCUCAUAUCACUAUGGGCUUAAUUUAGAUAGAAGGAAACUACAUAUUGUAAUAUAUUCUAUCGUGGUAAAUAAAUAUGGUAUAAAUAA